CAUUCAUAAGAAAGAAUAGGCCUCUCUCUGAUUCAUUUGGGAGCUGGCUGGCAGGCCUCACAAAAAAGCAAAGCGUAAAGAGUAAAAAACAACCAACAAUAGCCAAGACUGGGAACAGGGGCAAGUGGUGAAAUUAGGGUAAAAUUGUGCCAUGGAUUACCUUCCAUAGAAAUCCUGCUCACCUGGCAGUGCUUGGUGCUUCACAAUGGUAGCAUAUCCGCAUCUACAGCCAUGACAGAGUCUUUGGGAGAGAUAAGGCUCUAGAUCAGGAGGAAGAAGUCAAAGACAGUCACACAGGGAAACUAGGGUACACCUGAGUGCAGCACACUCACCUGGAUUGUCUACUGUCUGACUCCUGCCUCUCCCUCUUUUUCUCUACUAUGACCCUCUUGUACAGCUGGCACCAUGGGGACCUACAAGCCAGGACUGCUGCCCUAUCCCAGUUUAUGGGAUAAUGAUAAGGCAGGAUCUAACCAUUCAACAGUUAUUCAACACCUACCUAGGCCAGGGCUGAAAGUUAACAGUCUAUGGGAAGUUGCAUUUAUUUGCAGCAUCACUCGUCUGUGUAUGUUCUACAUACACACAUAUUUACAUACAUACAAAAUAUUUCUCCCUCUUGUGCAAAGAUGGACCUUGAGAAUAAGAGAUGGUGAGCUUCAUGGGCCAGUAUUCUUAAAAUUUGAAAAGAGUUGUGUAAUAUACUUAUCUCCAUAAUCCUGGUCCUUGUAUCUCUGACUCUAAGGUAUAAGAAAAAGAAGGGCUUUACCCAAAGACAGUUGUCUCAUCCAUCCAAGUGCAUCUGAGGAUCUGGCUUCACGCAGAUCUGAGAUAGGUCAGGGUUGGGCAGAGUAUUCAUUUGUAUUGUAAGUCUUAGUGUAUUUGGGCAAGUAAGUACCUUGAGCUCAGCUUUUGAUUGACUCCACAUUGGGCCACAAAGCCAAGCAGCUCCGAUUUCAUCAGCAGAAUGCCAUGAAACAGACAGAUGCCUCCACAGUCACAGCCAAACUAGUAUCCAAGGACCAAAAUAGCAGUCAGAUGACCACAGGGGCCAGUUUACCACGUUCUGUCCAGAACCCAGAAACAGCAGCAGCUAAAAGUAGGCACAAAACUCACAUGCUUUGGGAGGAACAGCAGGGACAGCACUAUCCUGAGAGGGACACAAUGAGGUCGCUCCGUUUCAUUUCUGCUGAAGCCUUGGUGUCCCAUCCUCGGGUGGCUCAGGAGAGCCUGGACCAUAUAGCCUACAACCUCUAUCCACUCCUGUUCAAGGCCAGUUACCUGCUAGAGCAGGCAGAAGUAACCCGUGCUGUGCUGAGUCACUGGCCACUAGAGGAGUUCCGGUUGGCUAUGCUGCUGGGGCCAAACACUGACCACCCAGAAGACCUGCGUGAUCGUGCCUGCAAGGCCUGCUUAGAGGCCUGUAUGCAGGGCCUUGCUGACCUUGUGCUGCAAAGUAGGAGCAACCGGCUUCGGGUAGCUGAUUUUACAGGCAUCCAGGAUGUACAGGUGCAGCAAUGUCCUUGUGGGAGGGCACUAGGAAGGUGGGGCCGCACUAAGGUGCUGGCCAGGAUCUGCUGCCAGCUCCAAGGACAGCCCUGUACAGCUAGGCACCCUAUUGAAGUCUUUGCUGACCUCUUUGUCACGGAAGGCAACUUUGACAUGGUGGUGCAGGCCUUGAAGCCAGCAGGCCCAGCCCCUCUGCAAGUCUGCUGCCCUUCACUCCGGGCAGAUAGCCUGAGUCCUGGGCAGCUCCUACAAGUGCUCGGCCUAGCUGGGCCAAGCAAGCUAAGAAAGUUGGAGGUAGUUCAUAAUGUACGAUUGCAUGCUGGCCAUGUACAGCAGCUGCUGGCCCAGGUGGGCCUCCCUCAGCUGACCUCACUCACCCUACCCACGAAGGCCUUUGAUGCACCCCCUACCUGUGCCCCAACUCCAGAGGGUGAAGAUCCCCUCCUCACCUCUAUUGCCUGGGAGCUCAGCCAGAUGAACAAGCUCACUGAGCUAAGUGUAGCUUUCUCUACACUGACUGGAAAGAUCCGAACACUGCUUAGCCCCUUGAAGACUCCACUAAGAGUGUUGGACCUAGCCAACUGUGCCCUUAAUCAUGAAGACAUGUCCUUCUUAGCAGAUUGUAAGCAUACUGCCCACUUGGAGGUGCUGGACCUCAGUGGACACAACCUGGUCCAUCUGUACCCUUCUACCUUCUUCCAGCUGCUGAGCCAGGCUGCCCAAACACUAAGAGUGCUCACAUUAGAGGAGUGCAACAUCACAGAUAACCAUGUUGGCAUGAUGAUUCUGGGCCUCAGUCCUUGCAACCAGCUCCAGGAGUUCAAGUUUCUUGGAAACCCACUGUCAGCCAGUGCUCUCCAGCGCCUUUUUGCUGCACUCUGCGAACUCCCUAGGCUGCGCCACAUUGAGUUUCCAGUGCCAAAAGACUGCUACCCUGAGGGCACUACCUACCCCCAGGAUGAGCUGUCCGUGUCCAAAUUUGAUCAACAGAAAUAUGACAUGAUUGCAGAGGAUUUGCGAGCAGUACUGCUUCAAGCUAACAGGGAAGACAUCCAGGCCUCCACUCCCCUUUUUGGAAGUUUUGACCCAGACAUUCAUGAAACCAGCAAUGAACUUGGUACUUUCUUGAUGCAAGCUUUCAAAACUGCUUUGGAAAACUUUUCCAGAGCACUAGAACAAAUGGAGUAGGUCCUGCAAUUAUGCUUUUAAAAAAGGAAAAAAGGCUGUGCAUUUCAACUAGCAUGGUGCCCUGAGGUCAGUCCUGGAUCUGUCACCAGCAGCAUCACUGCCACAGAAUUCCUUAGGGAAAACUACAGGCAUACUCAUUACAUGCUUUAAAAGGAAGCCCAGAUAUAUAAAUGGGUGUGUGUCAGUACAGCAGGAGCCUAAAGCAGAGGGGAAGUCACCCAGAGUGAAGGACCUAUCACCUAGGUAGAAGGUGGAGAAUGUGGACACCAGGAAAGAAUGUACUGUGAGCAGGGUCAACUUGACUCUGAUGCAGUGAGGAGGAAGAAAAGAGAAAAUUCAUCACAGAAAAACGUAUAAAAGCAGCAUCCCAUAAAACAUAACAAGAAAAAGACACUGAAAAUGAAAAUAAAGUGAACUGAAGCCCUGAGCCCAGCAGAAGCUUGCUGUUAUAUCUGUUGUACUUUUUACCAGAUGACAUCUGACUACACAGAAAGGUGUGGGAUGGGGGUGGUGAUCAUUUUUCUGUCCACAGCUUUCUUGGCUUUGUUUCCAGUCUUGGCAGUUUUGCACCAUCUUUUGGUGACUGAGGACAUCUAGUUGCUGAAAUAUUCCCAGUAUUUCUUAAAAUAUUCUGACCCUGUUUUCUGCUCUGCAUCCAACCCUAAGACAGGCAAGUCCAACCUGAACAACCACAAGUGUCAGGGGUUAACUAUGAAUGCAGCUCAUGACAAAAUUAUAAACUUAAGACAGAUGACUUUUAUGAAACUUGUAAUGAGUCAAUUAUACAGUUUUCAAACAUGAACUUUGUAGAUGAUAACAUGUCUAUAAUGCCUCCAAAUCACUCCUUUGUGAUGUUCCUCAGAAUGGCUGCAUCUGGCACUUUGCAACUCCUUUAAGGAAAAAAUCACCACAUGGGGAAGAUCUGUUUGGACUUCAUUUACAGUAUCUGCCUUGCAAAAGUAUUAGUGUAAUUAAAUGCUAAUAAAAAAGGAGUGU